AGAUGAUUAGCUGUAUAUGUAACGAAAAAUCCAAAAUAUUUUUUUUAAAUUUAAGUAUAAUAAUUCAUUUGAGACUGUUUCAAUAUUUGAGCUUAUCUUCUUCCAUGAUAUCAACCUUUAUUUUGCUCUACUACUAGGUAAAACUUAAACAAUAUGACGGAAGAUGUGGCGCCUAUUCCCUCCAACACCACCACUCGCGUGUCCAUCGCUGACACAAUAAUGGCUGGACAUGUCAUUAGGUACCAGCAAAAGUCCACGCCCAGAAAACCGGUGAAACCACUACCAAAGCCCGCUAGACCAGGUGGUCCAAAGGCGACGGACGUGAAGCUAUCGAAGCGCGCGGCGCGUGCGCAUCUCCGCUGUCUGCGGCGACUGGGUGUGGUCACGGGGAGGGUGGACCAGCUCGCCAAACCUUCACGGAGGCGUGUACUCGACCUGUGGCGGGAGUACGCGCACCAGCUGCCGUGCGAAUCCAUCGCUCGCUUCCGGACCUUCCUUGACGCUGAUGAGCCUCCCAAGCCCGACCAAGCAUACCAAUACUUCGUCAACUUGCAAAAGACUAAAAUGAAGAAGAGACGAGCAUCCAAUUUAAAACAAGCAAAGUUGUCGACGUUUAAUAGAGAUGGGAAGCGAAUGGCUGCUAGAAGCGCCUCCGUGGCUUUUGCUGUAGGCAUCAUGGAACGAUUAUCAAGACCUGGGGAAUAUGAACUCACUAAUGGAAUGCUUCGCCUGUCAAACAUAAUAUUUAGAAACAUCGCUAAGAUCAUGAAAUCAAACGCAUACAGAUGUAACUGUAGGAAAUCCAAGUUCUUGAAGGAAAUAUCUGACAAGAUAGCAGUUUGGAUAGAGGAAAUAUUGAUCGACAGUGAAGAUCGCAUGAUCAUGAUGGACUUCGAUGACGAUGAAGAUUUGCUGUACCUCUUGGGCGACGCAAUGCAACAGGACACGGCGUCCGCGAAAGAGUCUGUAACCAAGUCAGAGGCACCGAGCGUGUCCAGUCCAUAACAAAAACUCUCGGAAAAAAGUUAUAGAAAGUUAAAAACCUGAAGUUACCAAAAUAAUUUGCGAAGAGACUAAAGUGCCCAUUUGCAUUACAGCUACGUUUUUAACUUUCUCAGGGGUGCAAACUAAAGAAUG